CCACCACCACCACCGCCGCCGCCGCUGCCACCACUUUCAACCGAUGAAAUCCAACUAGUCUCGCCAUAUGUGAUCGUCAUAGUUUCUGUUCUUGCCAUCUUCUUCAUUCUCGUAAGCUACUAUUUAAUCAUCGUCAAGUACUGCACCGGUUGGAACCGGGUUAGGCCACCGCCACCAACCCCAUCGGACGGCCAAGAUGAAGAGUUCCUAGAAGAAAACCAUGGGCCACCACCAAUUGAUCACCAUGUCUGGCACAUAUCAACUAUUGGCCUCCAACCAUCGAUCAUUAACUCGAUCACAAUCUUUAAGUACAAGAAAGUCGAUCGUUUGAUCGAAGGUACAGAGUGUUCGGUCUGUUUGAAUGAGUUUCAGGAAGGUGAGACUCUUAGGCUACUACCCAAGUGUAAUCAUGGAUUUCACAUUCCUUGUAUUGACACUUGGUUGAGAUCACACACCAAUUGUCCACUCUGUCGUGCCGGUAUUGUAUCGCACAUUACAAGUACUUCUUCUGCUUCAAAUGGCCAGAGUUCUUUGAAUUUGAAUAGUGAAGAAGGUACCCAGAUGGAGAAUUUAGAGAGUGGUGGUGAAUUGGCCAACAAUUGGGCUAGUGAUUGUGAGGUUUGUGAAAACAGGGCUGAAACAGAGGAUGAAGUUGAAUUACAACAUAUGGUUGAUGAGAGAAAGUUGAAUCCUAAUGAAAUUGGUGUUUUGGAAGAUAAUGAUAUGAUUAUGGAGGAUGAGAUACAACCGGUGAGGCGGUCUGUUUCAAUGGAUUCUUCUUCGGAUGCAACUAUCAGUCUCAAUAUGGCUAACCAUUGUGUGGUUGAAUCGGAAGGAAAUUCAAUUGAUCAAAGAGAGGAUGCACAAAAAUCUGAUUUGGGUCUUGUUGAAAAGCAAGAUUGCACAAAUUCAAGGAGUAGUUCCUCAAUUGCACAAUCUCUUCACAAAUGCCCUGUUGCAAUGAAGAGAUCAUUUUCAUGUGGUGGUAGGUUGUUUUUAUCAAGGCUUAGCCGGAACUCGAGUUCAAUUCUUCCCUUGUGAAUGUGAUAAAUAGCUCAAUGCACGACACAGAUACUGGAAAUCAGAGUGAGGGAAAAGUUUUGUACACAGAAUUCAACUACAGAAUUUAAAAAUAGGCGCAACAUUCAUGCGAGUGCUCUUCCUAUUCUCCUAUGGUUGAAUUCCGUGUACGUAGAAUUGUAUAUAAAAUAUUCUCCUAUGGUUGAAUUCUGUGUACGUAGAAUUAUAUAUAAAAUAAGCAAUGAGAUGCUAAAUCGUGUCCCAAAAAAAUGGAUAGAGCUAUAAAGAGGACUUCGCUUGGGGUUGGGUUUGAUGAGUAUGUGCAAAAUACAGUAUAUAAAAUGCAAAAUGUGGCAACAAUUCGAAGGAAACAGGUAUUGAAAUUUUCUAAGCCAAACUGGCUUUGUAAAGUGAACAGCUUGGUUUGUGCAAUGUUCUAUGAGUUGCAAAUUUCUUGUUGAAUUUAAUAGUAAUAACAAUAAUGCGUAUAUGACUAUAUCCAAACUGUAUUUUGUUUCAACUUUUAAUCAAGUUUCAAGAAUUCUUGA